AUGGAUCACUCCCGCGAUCCUUGCCCCUGGGUGGCUCUGAGCGACUUCGGCGGUGCCUUCUGCAUGGGUGCCAUCGGCGGUUCGGUCUGGCACGGCAUCAAAGGUUUCCGAAACAGCCCCUAUGGCGAGCGCCGCAUUGGUGCCCUCACCGCAAUCAAGGCGCGCGCCCCCGUGCUCGGAGGUAACUUCGGUGUGUGGGGUGGUAUGUUCUCGACAUUCGACUGCGCCAUCAAGGGUAUCCGCAAGAAGGAGGACCCGUACAAUGCUAUUAUUGCCGGUUUCUUCACUGGCGGUGCUCUCGCCAUCCGUGGUGGCUACAAGGCGGCCCGGAACUCCGCCAUCAUGUGCGCAGUCUUCCUGGGCGUUAUUGAGGGUGUUGGCAUUGGUUUCCAGCGUAUGAUGGCUGAUAACACCCGACUCGAUCUCCCUCCCCCUCCACCAUCCGAGCAGAAGGCUAUGGCCUAA